UCUACUAUCACUUAGCACCACCAGGGACAAGGUAGCUUUCAUCAUGCCUUUUGGGUGCAUUGCCAUUCGAGAUGGACGCUCUUACAACAGCCUUUCAGAAAUCACUGAAAAGUAUGAAAUAGGACAAGUUCUUCGCACAAAGGAGUUCUGUGAAUUGUGCCUAGCAAAGGAACGGCAGACGGAGAAAGUGUUUGUGUGUAAGAAGUUCCUGAAGAGAGAUGGACGGAAAGUGCGAAAGGCUGCCAAAAAUGAAAUCAUGAUCCUGAAAAUGGUCAGUCAUCCGAACAUUCUCCAGCUAAUUGAUACAUUUGAAACCAAAAAAGAAUACUACAUCAUACAAGAGCUUGCCAGUGGAGGGGAUGUGUUUGAUUGGAUCCUUGAUCAAGGGAACUACACAGAGCGAGAUGCUUCAAAUGUGAUCCGUCAGGUUCUGGAAGCAGUAGCUUAUCUUCACUCUUUGCACAUUGUUCACAGAAAUCUUAAGCUGGAGAAUCUUAUGUAUUACAACCACAACAAUCACAACAAGGUUGUUCUACGUGAUUUCUACCUGUCCUGCUUCGAGAAUGGCUCAAUCACAGAGCCCUGUGGCACACCAGAAUACCUAGCUCCAGAGGUGGUUGCAAGGCAUAGAUACGGCAGGCCAGUGGAUUGCUGGGCAGUUGGAGUCAUUAUGUAUAUCCUUCUUUCUGGAAAUCCUCCUUUCUAUGAUGAGACAGAAGAGGAAAAUACAGACCUGCACAACCGUAUCAUCUUUUGCAAGAUUGUCUCAGGAGAAUUUGAAUUUGACUCUCCAUACUGGGAUGACAUUUCCCCAGCAGCCAAGGAGCUGGUUUGUCGCCUUAUGGAAGUGGACCCUAUGUUGAGGAUUACUGCACAAGAUGCUUUAUGGCAUGAAUGGAUUGCAGGAAAUGGAGCUUUGGAAAAAAAUCUGAAGGCUGGAGUUUGUGCUCAAUUUGAGAAAAACUUUGCCAAAGCAAAAUGGAGGCCUUUGGGAAUUGUUACCAUUGUCUACACUGUUUUGGUGUGCAUGACCUAUCCUGUUGAAUUUCAGGGUACCCAAAAAGCAGCCCAGCUGAAAAAAAGAGCAGAUACCUCAAGCUCACAGCAAACUAGUCCUCGAAAAAGCACUGCUGUUUUGGAUCAAGCUAAUGAAAAGACUUUGGUGUCAGCAGAUCAGAAUGGAAAAAAUAAAGCUAUUAUCAAAGAAUCUAAUGAAAAGAAAACAACCAUAUAUCAGGAUAAGAAAGCUGUUCCUUUAAAGAAAAGCACUGAGAAUAUAAUACCAGCUUUACCAGAUGAACAUGAGCACAAAAAGGUGAUUCUCCUAGACAGUGUGACAGAAGUCAAGCCCCAACUGUCUCCUCUAUCCAGCCACAGCGGUCGGAAAUUGCCUGGGGUCUCUGAGCAGAGCAAGCGCAGGAUGGCUGCUGUUCUGGAUCAAGACCUUGAGAGGAAAUCUGACCGACAAAGACCUAGUUUUCAAGAGCAAAGAAAGAGACAAGAUCUUCCAGGUUAUGAUGAGAGAGACAACAUAGAGAGUAUUGCUGAUCAAGGGGAGUGGAGAAUGGACAGAGUCAUUGAACAAAUUGAGAAACAGAUGGCAGCAGUAUUGGAGAAAAUAGAAGGAGAAAUUCCAUGCCUGCUAGAGCAGAUUGGGGAAAAGGGAGACCCUACUGUCCUGGAAUACAAGGAAACACAUAUAGUGGCAGCACUAGAUCAAAGCAGAUCUGUUCUGGAACAAAAUGAGGGCAGUUACAAUCAAAAGGGAGCCGCCAGGUUCUCCAAACCAAGCCUCCCAGUACUAAGAAUUCUCUCAAAAGAUGUGCAGUCAGAAGAGACCUGCAUUGAGGUUGAGGAUGAUACUGACACAGAAAAGGUGAAGGAGAGCAUGUCCCUCGAUAAAAUCUAAGCUCAAAGAUAAUGAAACUCCUUAUUUUCCUUUCAUUUUUCCUUAUUUCCUAAAAAAUAAUACUGUAAUUAUGCUUUCUGUCUAAAACCUUCCAGUAAAACAAGGAAAAAUAAACAUCCAAAAGUUGCUAAUUUCUUCUGCUUGAAACUGUUAUAGGAAUCGGCUAAUUUUUACGUAAAGAAUUAGUCCUCAGUUAGGCAUACUUUCAUAACCUUUCUCUAAGGCAUUCAAUAC